GGCGCGCACGCGCGCGCGCCGUGUGUCACGGGGCAGGGCGAGCGCGGUGAGGCGCUCCUGGCCUGGCGUCCUGUUUCCGCAGACCCUGCUGUCUCUCCUGCCCCGGCCCGGCUCACCCUCAUGUACCGCGCGCUGUACGCGUUCCGCUCGGCGGAGCCCAACGCGCUGGCGUUCGCCGCGGGCGAGACCUUCCUGGUUCUGGAGCGCAGCAGCGCGCACUGGUGGCUGGCGGCGCGGGCGCGCAGUGGCGAGACGGGCUACGUGCCGCCCGCCUACCUGCGCCGCCUGCAGGGCCUGGAGCAGGAUGUCCUCCAAGCCAUUGACAGGGCCAUUGAGGCUGUGCACAAUGCAGCCAUGCGGGAUGGUGGCAAGUACAGCCUGGAGCAGCGCGGGAUCCUCCAGAAGCUGAUCCACCACCGGAAAGAGACCCUGUCCCGCAGAGGCCCCUCAGCCCCCAACCCUGCAACUAUGACCCCAUCCACCAGUGACCACCACCUGGAUGCUGCUGCUGCCAGGCAGCCCAAUGGGGUGUGUAGAGCUGGGUUCGAGCGGCAGCACAGCCUCCCCAGUUCUGAGUAUCUUGGGGCAGAUGGAGGCCUCUACCAGAUCCCGCCACAGCCUCGCCGAGCAGCACCCGCCACGCCACCCCCACCCGUGAAGCGCCGAGACCGCGAGGCCCUAGUGGCCUUGGGGAGUGGCGGCCGCAACGCCACGCCCUCUGGGGGCAGUUCUGUGUCCAGCAGCUCCUCUGUCGGCAGCACCUCCCUUGACACACUCUAUACCGGCUCCAGCUCAUCGGAGCCAGGCCCCAGCUGCUCACCCACGCCCCCACCUGUGCCCCGCCGAGGCACGCAUACCACUGUGUCCCAAGCGCAGCCCCCUCCCUCCAAGGUGCCAAACUCGGAGCCCCCUACAGAGGAGGUAGCAGUUGAUACAGCCCCAGCCCCUGAUGAGCUGGAAGCCCUGGGUGCGCUGAGCCUGGGGACCACAGAAGAGAAGGCGCUGGCUGAGACUGCUGUGCCCAGGACCAUCGGGGCAGAGCUGAUGGAGCUCGUGCGGAGGAACACUGGCCUGAGCCACGAGCUGUGCCGAGUGGCCAUUGGCGUCGUGGUGGGUCACAUCCAGGCCUCCGUGCCGGCCAGCUCACCUAUCAUGGAGCAGGUCCUCCUCUCACUGGUAGAGGGCAAGGACCUGAGCACUGCCCUGCCCUCAGGGCAGGUCUGCCACGACCAGCAGAGGCUGGAAGUGAUCUUUGCAGACCUGGCCCGGCGGAAGGAUGACGCCCAGCAGCGCAGCUGGGCCCUGUAUGAGGAUGAGGGUGUCAUCCGCUGCUACCUGGAGGAGCUGCUGCACAUUCUGACGGAUGCAGACCCUGAAGUUUGCAAGAAAAUGUGCAAGAGGAAUGAGUUCGAGUCUGUCCUGGCCUUGGUGGCCUAUUACCAAAUGGAGCACCGGGUGUCGCUGCGGCUGCUGCUCCUCAAGUGCUUUGGCGCCAUGUGCAGCCUGGACGCAGCCAUCAUCUCCACACUAGUGUCAUCUGUGCUGCCUGUGGAGCUGGCGCGGGACAUGCAGACAGACACGCAGGACCAUCAGAAACUCUGUUACUCCGCCCUCAUUCUGGCCAUGGUCUUCUCCAUGGGGGAGGCAGUGCCCUAUGCACACUAUGAGCACCUGGGCACACCCUUCGCCCAGUUCCUGCUGAGCAUCGUUGAGGACGGGCUGCCCUUGGACACGACCGAGCAACUGCCGGAUCUCUGCAUGAAUCUACUUCUGGCUCUCAAUUUGCACCUGCCAGCCCCUGACCAGAACUUCAUCAUGGCCGCCCUGAGCAAACACGCCAAUGUCAAGAUCUUCUCCGAGAAGCUACUGUUGCUCCUGAACAGAGGGGAUGACCCCGUGCGCAUCUUUAAGCAUGAGCCUCAGCCGCCACACUCCGUCCUCAAGUUCCUGCAGGACGUGUUUGCCAGCCCCGCCACAGCUGCCAUCUUCUACCACACGGAUAUGAUGGCGCUCAUCGACAUCACCGUGCGGCACAUCGCGGACCUGUCGCCUGGAGAUAAGCUUCGCAUGGAGUACCUCUCCCUGAUGCACGCUGUGGUCCGCUCCACACCCUACCUACAGCACCGCCACCGGCUCCCCGACCUGCAGGCCACACUGCGACGCAUCCUAACCGAGGAGGAAGCCUCGCCCCAGUGCCAGAUGGACCGCAUGAUUGUCCAAGAGAUGUGCAAGGAAUUCCCGGUGCUGGGCGAGGCCCCCAGCUAGCACCUUCUUUUCCUCCCUUCCCUGCAGCCCUGGGUAGGGUGCAGGGGACUCGGAGGCUUGGCCCUAAGAAUGUUUUGCACUGACAGUUUGAGGGGAGGUGAUGGUGGAAGGGACCUAAGCAGGGACCCCCACCUGAAACAGAGCUAAUGAGAGGGGCCAAGCGCAGAAUUAGGGACCACGCGCUGGGAGCUAUGCUGGGGCAGGGGGAGUGUGAACUGAAGCCCCUCCAUCUCCUGCUGGGCUGCCUCUUCAGCAUGCCUCCCCACCCCACACACAUGCACACUCAGAGUCCUGCUGCUGCUCCAGGCUGGGCCAGAGCCCUCAUCCCCCGCGCCCACCUGGUCUGUGUCCUGGGCUUCAGCAAGCCGUGUCCCUGGGGUGAGAGGAGGCACCUUCCGCCAGCUCCGUUCUUUGCCUUAGCUUCGCAGUGAGUGCUGCUCAUGUGCUCUGUCCCCCCAGCCGCCACCCCGUGGGGGGUCUCUGCCCCUCACUCCAGCCCCCAGAGGUCUUGGCCAAGCUGCUGCUUUGAAAGCAGAGUCUUAGAGACAGGCCAUCCACCCUGGAGCCUCACAGAAUGAGGUGAUGGCACUGAUAAAGCCAAUGACAGAAUCUAUUUUCUCUGUAAAAACGUAGACCGAAAAGCCAUGUGUAUUUUCCUAUGUGCUGCAGCUCAGCUUGGAAAUAAAUCACAGGCAUCUGGAAACAGGCUUCCCUGUAUGAUCCUGAGUGGUGGUGGGAGAGGAUGGGUGGGGGCGCUGGGGCCUCAGGACCUCGUCACUAGCUUGCCCUGUCCUCUCCAGCCUGAGGAAGUGAUGGUCCCUGACAGGCCUCUCCAUCGAGGUCCCUUGAGCCCUGUUCCAGCCUCUCUUCCCUGGGUUCCCACUUCUGGGCCACGGCCACAGCCACUGAGAGCCCCGUGGUCCAUUUGCAGGUGACUGCCCCUCCAGGCUUCACUUACAUCUUUCUUUGCCUUGAAUGCCGUGUCUGUCUCCCGUGUUGAAACCCUAUAUCCUUUACACCUGUUCUCAAAUGAAGCGUCUCCUGUCCAAGCCCUGGCCUCCCUGAACUCCUAGGCCUGCCCAGCUGUUUCCCUUCCUUAUUUGUCUUCCACUGGAUCCAGCGAGGUUCCCUCAUUUUGCAGCCUUAGCGGAGAUUUGGUAAUACGGUAGGACAAAAAGAAUAUCUCAACAAGUGUGGGGUUAGUUGUGCACUACUGUUUGAGGGGAAUCAGAGGCCAACGUUGGGCAAAAAACUUUUUCCUCGUGGACUCCCUAGUUAACGAAGGCUGUCACCAUAAGUUGGGGAAGAGAGUCAGAACCUGUAGGCAGACACCAGGCAGCAGCGGUUUCCAUCAGUUCCCUUCAUUUUGUUACCCAAGACGAUUCUCAUCAGAUUCCACACAUCCAGAAUUACUGAUACUGUGACUUCUGGCCACGACUUUUCCUUUCUUAAUGGGGUGCUGAAGGCAGAGGGCUGUUACUCUACCAGCAGAACGGAAUGCGGCAAGAAGCCCAGCAAGGCCAGUCUAGGGGUGGGGUCCCAGGGAAACAGGUCCAUGGGAGCAAAGCACAGGAGGCCAGCAGGGAGAUGUCCUUCCUGACCUGUUGACUCUUCCAGAAGUUUAAGUGCACAGGCUCACCUGGACCUGAGGAGGAGCUGACACAGUUGUCUGCAGGAAAGCUCUGUGUGGUACAACCUGGUCACUUCAUCCUGGAGGCCUCUGCCUCCCUUCCACAGGCAGAAUCAACAACGCUGACUUCCAGGUACAGCUCCUUUCUCAUUGGAGUGCUGAAGGCGGAGAGCCAUGGUUCUUCUCCUGAGAGUGAGUAACUCAGUGAUAAGUACAGGUCCUCAGGAAGCUGAGGCAGGAACAUUUGAUAGCCUCUGUGCCUUGCUCUGUUUGCUGUUAGGCUGCACACACUGACCUCGUGGGAAAAGCAGGGCCGUGCUGUGCCACCUGUCCUAGUGCUGGCCCCCCUGAGACACAAAGUGUAGCCCCGUGGCCGGAAGAUCAGAGCCCCUGCCCGCUUCUGCGUGAUUGUCCAACGGGCCCUUGCAUGUGUUUGUAAGGAGACACUCAGAGGGGCCAGGACUCCAGGACCAUCAAUAAACACCUUGAUGGUGUCUCACCGCACAGAAUUAAAACUACCAAGGACAGUGACUAGCCAGAGAAUUCCUCAGGGAAGGAACUGUCUGAGAGAAUACCUCUGACUGCUUGGGAGGAUGGUAGACGUGGAUGUGGUUAGGCAGGGGAGAGGGCAAAGAGAGGGAGAACUAAGGCACUCAAAGAAAGGGGAGUGAUAGGGUGGGGCUGAGGAAAACUCAAAUUUUGAGGGACAGUGAGGGCUGGGCAUCUGGGCCAACCUCUGGGCUAGAAGUGGGUCCAGGGUAAGGGGUUGGGUGAAGACCACCUGCCUGCUCAGUCCCCGAAAGAUACAGACUGAGGCUCCAGGUAUGUGAGGAUGACCUUUCUUUUUUUCUCUUAUUUCAUGGAAGAAUAGCAUACUAUGAAAACUACAGUAUGCAAAGAGUACAGCUUAAUGAAUUAUGACAGAAGAUGCUAAUAUAGUCACCACCCAGUGUCACCAGUUCCCAAAGCCCACUGUGCACCCCUCUCAAUCACCAACUCCUUCCUUCUCCCCAGGCUUCUUCCCUAGAGGUAAUUACUGAUAAGUUUUGCCUGUUUUUGAACUUUAUAUAAAUAGUCAUAUAGACACUGGCUUCUGCACUCACCAAGUUUUUGAGGUUUGUCUGUGUCAUAGUAUGUGGUUGUAGUUUGUUCAUUCCCAGUGUCGUAUGGGUUACACCCUCAAUUGCAGUUUCCAAUUUUUGUCUAUUACUAAUCAUGCUGUCAGGAGCACUGUUGUACAUGUCUUCUUGUUGCUCAUAUGCUUGGACUGGGAGAUAUAUUCUCAAGAGUGGAAUUGCAGGGUCACAGGCAGAAACUGCCAAAUAGUUUCCCAAAGUAGUUGUACCAGUGUACUCUCCUCCACUGGUGCCUGAGUUCCAACUGCUCUAUAUCUUUCCCAAAACCUGGUAUUGUCAGUCAUUUUCAUUUUAGUCAUUCUGGUGCAGUGUAGUAGUAUUUACUUUUACACUUGCGUUUCCCUGACGACUAAAGAGGUUGAGCACCUUUUCAUUAGUUUACUGGCUAUUUGGAUCUUCUCUUGUGAAGCACCUGUUCACAUCUCUUGCACAUUCAUUGACUGGGUUGUCUAUCUUUUGUUGGUUUGUAGUAUGUAUUCAGGAUAUGAGUCCUUGGGUUGUAUAUCUUACAGUAUCGUCUCCCAUUCUUAACAUCUUUUGAUGAAAGGAAGUUCUUAAUUAUAAUGUAAUCCAAUUUUUCAGUAUUUUCCUUUAUGGUUAGUACAUUUUGUAUCCUAUUUAAAAAAUAUAUAUUUGCUUAAAGUCAUGAACUUCUGUGUUCUCUUCUAAAAGCUGUAUUGUCUUUCCUUUCAUAUUCACAUGUCAAAUCUGGAAUUGAUUAGGAAGGUAGUAUGAAGUAGGAGUCUCAUUUAAUUUUUUUCUGCAUGGAUAUCCAAUUGACCCAGCACCAUUUAUUGGAAAGCCCAUCCUUUGUGUUUGGCUCUUAAGAGCCACCCUUGUCAAAAUUCAAGUCUCCACACAUCUUUAGGCCCCUCUCUGGAUUUUGUUCCAUUCAUCUGUCUAUUCCUGCACCAGCACCAUACAGUCUUGGUUUCUGUAGCUGUAGCUUUCUUGAUCUCCUAUAGACGAAGCUGUUCUCCUACUUGGGUUUUCUUCGGACUGUCUUGGGUAUUCCUGGCCCUCAUACGUUUUAGAAUCCAGUUUGUCAGUUUACACACACACACACACACACACACACACACACACACACACACACUACACAGUAUCUGCUGGGACUUCUAUCGGAGUUGCAUUGAAUCCAUUCUUUGGGAAGAAUUAGCAUGUGUGCAAUACAGGCAUACCUCAUCUUUGUUGCACUUCACAGAUAAACUGCAUCUGUUACAAAUUGAAAGGUGUUGAAGGUUUGUGGCAAACCCUGUGUCAAGCAAGUCUAAUUGUUGCCAAUUUUCCAACAGGAUUUGCUCACUUCAUGUCUCUGUGUCACAUUUUGGUAAUUCUCAUAAUACUUCAGACUUUAUCAUUAUUAUAUUUGUUAUGAUGAUCUGUGAUCAGUGAUCUUUAAUGUUGUUUUUCUUUUUUUUUUUUGGCCACGCCAUGCAGCAUGUGGGAUCUUAGUUCCCCCACCAGGGAUCGAACCCGUACCCCUUGCAGUGGAAGUGCUGAGUCCUAACCACUGGACCACCAGGGAAUUCCCUGGUCUUACUUUUCAAAAAGAUUACAACUCACUGAAGGCUCAGGUGAUGGUUAGCAUUUUUUAGCAAUAAGGUAUUUUUUAAAAAAUUUUGUGCUCCCCCCACCUUCUUAGGUUUUGAUUUUCUCUUUUUUAAAAAAAUAUUUAUUUAUUUGGUUGCACUGGGUCUUAGUUGCGGCAGGUGGGCUCCUUAGUUGUGGCUCAUGGGCUCCUUAAUUGCGGCAGGCAGCCUCCUUAGUUGUGACAUGCGAACUCUUAGUUGCCGCACGCAUGUGGGAUCUAGUUCCCUGGCCAGGGAUUGACCCCGGCCCCCCUGUAUUGGGAGCGCGGAGUCUUAACCACUGUGCCACCAGGGAAGUCCUAGCAAUAAGGUAUUUUUAAUUAAGGUAUGUACAUUUUUUUAGGCAUAAUGCUAUUAUUGCACACUUAAUAGACUCUAAACAUAAUUUUUAUAUGCCCUGGGAAACCAGAAAAUUCGUGUAACUCACUUUAUUGUGAUAUUUGCUUUAUUGCGGUGGUCUGAAACUGAACCCACAAUAUCUCCGAGGUAUGCCUGUAUUGAAUCUUUCCAUCUUGGAACAUAGUUUUCCACUCCAUUUAUGUCUUUAUUUCUCUCAAUGUUUUUUUCUUCCAGUGUUUCUUGAGAUAUAAUUGACAUAUAGCACUAUAUAGGUUUAAGGUAUACAAUGUAAUGAUUUGACUUACAGACAUCAUGAAAUGAUUAUCACAGUGUUUAGUGUCAAUAAUGUUUUAUUGUGUGUGUGUGUGUAUGUGUGUGUGAAGAGUCAUUGCACAUAUUUCAUUAUAUUUAUUCCAGCAUUUUACAUUACAUGAUGCUACUGUAAAUCACAUCAUGAAAAAAAUUUUUCUCACUUGUUGAUAUAUAGAAAUUACAACUGAUUUUUAUAUAUUGACCUUGCAUCCAAUGACUUUGCUAACUCUAACAACUUAUCUAUAAGUUCUUUUAGAUUUUUUACAUACACAUUCCUGUUGGCUGUGAAUAAGUUUUCUUUUUUCCUUUCCAAUCCUUGUAACUUUUUACUGUUUUUCUUGCCUUACUGUGCUGGUGAA